GAGCUUUACACGGAUUGGUCGCUGCUUGCGCGAUCGCUAUGUUCGGGGGCCGGGAUCUUCUUAAGAGGUACUGGUAAAUGCUUACUUCACGUUCGUUCGCUGCUUUUAGUCUCACAGUCGGUAUUCUGCAUUCGAAGAAGACGAUACGUCAAAACGAGGAAAGAUGAACAAGCUACAACGAGGCCUUUUGACACUUUGCCUAAUAACAUCAACGAUGGCCGUGCCGACUCCUAAACCUGUUUCCUAUCAAACUGUGAAUCAGGGGGUACAAUUAUUUUCCACCAACUUUGUUAAAACUAUUGCGAAAGAGAAGGAAGGCAAUUUGAUAUGUUCUCCUCUGAGUGCUAAUGUCGCCUUGAGCAUGGCUGCAACCGGCUCUGAAGGAGAAACUAAGAAACAGUUUAAGAAUGUUCUUAAGCUUCCUGAAAUGGAGGCACAGACUCUUGAAAGCUAUCAGCAUCUUAUCAAUAAUCUGAAUGAUGUCGAAAAUGUUACGUUAAAACUCGCCAACAAAAUAUUCAUUGCGAGUAAUUUUUUGAUAAAACCUGAAUACAAGAAUAGUCUCCAAACUUAUUUCUAUUCAGACAUUCAGUCAGUGGACUUCAAACAAAACCAACAGGCUGCGAAUACUAUAAAUGACUGGAGCAAAGAAAAAACUAACAAUCGCAUCGACAACAUUGUUAAAGCAGCCGAUCUAGAUCCCUCUACUGCACUGGUGCUUGCAAACGCUGUAUACUUUAAGGGAAAAUGGGCCAAGGAGUUUGACCCGAAAAAUACCAAAGACCGUCCGUUCCACGUUGACACCAAUACUGUGAAGCAAGUUCCUACUAUGUACAGAAAGGGCUAUUAUAAAUUCGUUGAACUACCAGAACAUAACGUUAAAUGCAUCGAAAUACCAUAUGCGAAUACACAGGUCAACAUGGUAAUUAUUCUGCCCAACGAAAUCGAUGGUCUAGCCGCAUUGACUAACAAUCUCGAUGUCAUUACUGAGGUGUGCAAUACGCGCCUCAGCGAAGCGUACGAACGUGAAGUUAAGCUGUACCUGCCCAAAUUCAAGAUCGAGUCAGAGCUAAAUCUUAAAGAUAUAUUGUCCGACAAGAUGGGUCUUUCCGAACCUUUUUCCAACUCUGCGAACUUCCACGGCAUCUCAGACGUACCUCUAAAAAUCUCUAAAGUUGUACAGAAGGCUUUCAUCGAAGUUAAUGAGGAAGGUAGUGAAGCAGCUGCGGUAACUGCAAUAUUAAUUGUCGAGUCUGCGGCCAUCUAUCCACCUAUUGAAUUUGUGGUUGGACAACCUUUUUAUUAUUCCAUCGUCAAGACUACCACUGAUGUAGAGAUGGGAACAAGUGAUGUUAUAAGAUUGUUUUCUGGUUACAUCGUUGAACCUAAUUAUUAAUUAACAACGAAGUCCAUGUAUUCGUGGUUGUGUCACGUUGAUACAAAGUCGCGAUUGGAUUCAAUAAAAUAAUGCAAUAUUAGGUAUACAAAUGAAUAAUCUAAAUUUUUCAGCUAAAUUCAAAAUUUAUUUUAACAGAAAGUAAAACAAAUUUAUCAGUCAAAAUAUUUGCCGUUGUUUUCUAUAACUUUAAGCCAUCUUUCAGACAGCUGAUGAAUUCCAUGUCGGUAAAAUGUUGUAUCUUUGGACACAAUAAAAUCGUCAAACCAUU